GCUGUAACGAUCUGGGGGGGCUGUAAUAGUUGGGGGGGGGGGCUGACACACCACCCCCUGCUCCCCAGGACUCCCCAGCAGAGCGGGCACAGAGGUGCCAGCAGCCCCCCCAGGAUGGCGGAGGCCCACCAGGCCGUGGCCUUCCAGUUCACGGUCACCCCCGAGGGCUUGGACUUCCACCUGAGCCGCGAGGCCGUGCGGCAGCUCUACCUCGCCGGCGUCUCCUCGUGGAAGAAGCGCUUGGUCCGCGCCAAGAACAGCUUCCUGACUGGCGUGUACCCCGCGUCCCCCUCCAGCUGGAUGGUGGUGGUCCUGGCCACUGCAGGUUCCUGCUACUGCCAGGUGGACCCGUCCCUGGGGCUCAUCGCCCGCAUCCGGCACUGCCUCUCCCACAGCGAGGUGCUGACCCCCCAGGCCCGCACGGUGGUCAGCACCGUGCUGUUCUCCACGGGGGCGUGGCUGGCGGCCGUCCUGCUCUUCCGGAGGGUGCUCCGGAUCCUGCUCUCCUACCACGGCUGGAUGUUCGAGCCCCACGGACACAUGAGCCGCAGCACCCGGCUCUGGGUGGCAGUGAUGAAGAUCAUGUCCAUCCGCAAGCCCCUUCUCUACAGCUUCCAGAGCUCCCUUCCCAAGCUCCCGGUGCCCCCCGUGGAAGCCACCAUCGCCCGGUACCUGGAGUCGGUGAGGCCACUGCUGGAUGACGACAAGUACAAAGAGAUGGAGGCCUUGGCCAAGGAAUUCCAGGAGAAGACGGCACCGCGACUCCAGCGGUACCUGCGCCUCAAAUCCUGGUGGACCACCAACUAUGUCAGUGACUGGUGGGAGGAGUACGUUUACCUGCGCGGCCGCAGCCCGAUCAUGGUCAACAGCAACUACUACGCCAUGGAUUUCCUCUACGUGACCCCCACCCACAUCCAGGCUGCGCGGGCGGCCAACGUGGUGCACUCGAUGCUGCUGUACCGGCGGCGGCUGGACCGAGGGGAGAUCCCCCCGGUGAGGGGGCUGGGGCGCUGCCGGACCAGCCCCGACGCCUUCAUCCAGAUCUCCCUGCAGCUCGCGCACUUCCGAGACAAGGGCUCCUUCUGCCUGACCUACGAGGCCUCCAUGACGCGGCUGUUCCGCGAGGGCCGCACGGAGACGGUUCGGUCCUGCACGGCCGAGGCCACGGCCUUCGUGCGCAGCAUGGCUGAUCCCCGGCACAGCCGCUCGGAGCGGCAGAAGCUUUUCAAGGCGGCGGCCGAGAAGCACCAGCAGCUUUACCGCCUGGCCAUGACCGGCUCCGGCAUCGACCGGCACCUCUUCUGCCUCUACCUGAUGUCGCGGUACCUGGGCACCCAGAGCCCCUUCCUGGCCAGGGUCAGCGAGGGAGGGACACGGAGAGGGAGUUACGGGACACGGCGGGGG